UGUACAAAACUGUCUACGCUCAGUCGCUAUUAAUCAUUUCAUGCUGUAAGAAGUGUUUACAAAUAAUAUCCGUACACGUUUGUUGAUGAAAAUAAGAUACGGUAUUGGCUACUAGAGGCAUCUAAUUUUGAAUAAUUUCAAGACAAAUUAUUGUAACGAAGCGAUGGAAAGCGGAAUGGAUUUAGUUAGUGUUAAAGAGGAGCCUCGUGACGAUUGGGAAGAUGUAGCCGACGUGAGUGUCGAUCCGGGGUUCUCGGUGAAAACUGAAAACUCUGAUGAAUCAUCGCCAAAUGAAUCAUCGGCAAAUCCCACCAAUGAAUGUAUUUCGUCGCAGCAGGAGACAGAUGAGGAUAUUUUUAUAGAUUGCGAGAGCGUAUUGGUAAAACAGGAACAUAAGCCCUCAUUGACGACCAUCUACCUAGCUACGACUGUAAAGGAAGAAAAUUCAGCAAAUGAUUUGAAUACGAAAAGGCUUACAACUUUAAUUAAAAUAGGAUUCGAUUACGAGAAAACCCGUAAAUUUACCAUUGGAAAAAAAUCGAGUUUAACAAGACAAAUAGAAACGACGAAUAAGAACGAUGGAUCACUUGAAUGUAAAAUUUGUCAUAAAUCGUUUAGAUACACAUAUUCGCUUAAAAGACACGUUAAUCAAGUACAUGAUAAAAACAAACCCUUCCAGUGUAAUAUUUGUCACAAAUCAUUUGGAGAGAAACAUAAGCUUAAGGCUCACAGAAAUUUAGUACAUAUGGAAAGCAAACCUUUUAAGUGUGAGAUUUGUCACAAAUCAUUUGGACGAAAAGAUUAUCUCGAAAUUCACAUAAAUAGAGUACAUAUUCAAAAUAAACCCUUUGAGUGUGAGAUUUGCCAUAAGUCAUUCAGCCAUAAACCGUACUUAAAAACUCACAUAAAUAUAGUACAUAUUCGAAACAAACCCGUCGAAUGUAAGAUUUGCCAAAAAUCAUUUGGAUACCAAAGUCAUCUUAAAACUCAUAUAUUGACUGCACAUGAUCGUAGUAAACUCUUUGAAUGUGAGAUUUGUCACAAAUCAUUUGGAUACCAAAAUCACCUUAAAACCCACAUAAGUUCAGUACAUCAACGUGUCAAACCAUUCGAAUGUGAUAUUUGUCAUAAAUCAUUUGGACGCAAGGGUGAUCGUAAAAAACACAUCAAUACUGUACAUAAUCGUAGCAAACCCUUUGAAUGUGAGACAUGCCACAAGUCAUUUGGAAACAAACGUGACCUGAAAAGGCACAUCAAUACUGUACAUAAUCGUAGCAAACCUUUCUAGUGUGAGAUUUGUCACAAAUAAUUUAGACAAAAAAAAACUAAUCUCGAAACGCACAUCCGUAUAGUACAUAUGGAAAUCAAACCUUUCGAGUGUGAGAUUUGUCACAAAUCAUUUGGAUACAAACUCAACUUAGAAAUGCAUAUGAGUGCAGUACAUAUGAGUAGCAAACCUUUCGAGUGUGGUAUUUGUCACAAAUCAUUUGGAUACCCGAAUGUACUCAAAGCUCACGUAAGCUCACGUAUCUAUUCAUAAACGGAGAAAAUUUGAAUGUGAGACUUGUCACAAAUCAUUUAGAUCCAAAAUCGACUUCGAAACGCAUAUGAGUGAAGUACAUAUGAGUAGCAAAUCUUAGAAGUAUGGAAUUUAUUUAAAAUUAUUUAAAUUUGUGAUUAAACGGGUUUUACGCUAAGUAAUUUUAGACAACCAUUGUCAUGAACAAUAAAGCUUUUAAAACAGUUA